GAAGUAGCGUCGCAGGGCUGUGACGUCAACGGCCCUUUCCCGAGUAGACGGGGUUGUGGCGCCGUGAUGAACGCUCCACCGGCCUUCGAGUCGUUCUUGCUCUUCGAGGGUGAGAAGAAGAUCACCAUUAACAAGGACACCAAGGUACCCAAUGCCUGUUUGUUCACCAUCAACAAAGAAGACCAUACCCUCGGGAACAUCAUUAAAUCGCAGCUGCUGAAGGACCCACAGGUGCUGUUUGCCGGCUACAAAGUCCCCCACCCCUUGGAGCACAAGAUCAUCAUCCGCGUGCAGACCACCCCGGACUACAGCCCCCAGGAGGCCUUCACCAAUGCCAUCACUGACCUCAUCAGUGAACUUUCCCUGCUGGAGGAGCGGUUCCGGGUGAGGUGGCCAUCAAAGACAAACAAGAAGGGAUUGAGUAGGCAGCUGCAAGUUUCAUGUGGCCUGGAGCCCAAUCCCCGCCCCUACCAGACCCUUGCUCCACGCAGAGGACAGCAGCCAGGCCCAGCUGGUGAGCCCAGCCCUGACACUGAUAUGUCCUGUGCAUAGCUUCAUCUUUCUACUCAU